AACCAACACUUUACGGCCUGCUCUACCUCGCUAGCAUGUCGACCUCACACCACAACAUCAGCGAGAAGCCAGCCUUCACGCCAGACCAUCACAAGAACCUCGCAUCGCCCGCCGUUCCGUACUUCACACCACUGCAAGACCCUCCCGCAGGUACCGCGCUUCUUGUGGACGGCCAGAAAGAUGUCCCAAAACUCUUCAGACCUCUCAAGUUGAGAGGCUUGACCCUUCAAAACCGGAUUAUGCUGAGUCCUCUCUGCCAAUACAGUGCUGAGAAUGGUCACUUUACUAUGUGGCACAAGACGCAUAUCGGCGGUAUUGUCCAGCGAGGUCCAGGUCUCACUUGCAUUGAAGCCACAGCAGUAACUCCACAAGGUCGAAUCACACCCGAAGAUAGCGGACUGUGGCAAGACAGCCAAAUCGCACCUCUCAAAGAGGUUGUCGACUUCGCACACAGCCAGAACCAGAAGAUCAUGAUCCAGCUCGCUCACGCCGGUCGCAAAGCCAGCACCGUCGCACCAUGGCUCAGCUCCGGCGACAUCGCCGGCGAAGAUGUCAACGGCUGGCCAAACGACGUCUACGCACCCAGCGCAAUCCCAUGGAACGAGAAACACGCAAACCCAAAAGCAAUGACCCUCGAAGACAUCACAGCCUUCAAAAAAGCCUUCAACUCCUCCGUAAAACGCGCCCUCGCCGCCGGCUUCGACGCCAUAGAAAUCCACAACGCCCACGGCUACCUCCUCCACCAAUUCCUCAGCCCAGUCUCGAACCACCGCACCGACGCCUACGGCGGAACCUGGGAAAACCGCAUCCGCCUCACGCUGGAAAUCGUCUCCGAAACCCGCUCCACAAUCCCAGACUCCAUGCCCUUAUUCCUCCGCAUAAGCGCCACCGACUGGCUCGAAGAAGAAGAAAAUAUCCCAGAAUCCUGGAAAAUCGAAGAUACACUAAAACUCGCCCCCCUCCUCGCAGAAAAAGGAAUCGAUCUCCUCGACGUCUCUUCAGGCGGCAACCAUCCAAAUCAACAUCCUCAUGUCCGACCCGCUUACCAAGCUCCUUUCGCUGCAGCAGUAAAGAAAGCAGUCGGGAAGAAAAUGGCAGUAGGCACAGUCGGUGCUAUCGAGAAUGCGAAACUCGCAAACUCGCUCUUAGAAAAUGAGAACGAGAAUUUGGAUUUGGUGAUUGUGGGACGAGGGUUUCAGAAGAAUCCGGGGUUGGUUUUCGCUUGGGGGGAAGAGCUUGGUGUGAAUGUGAAUAUGCCGAAUCAGAUAAGGUGGGGUUUUGGUGGUAGAGGGAAGGGGGCGGGUGGGAAGCCGGUUACUGAGGUGGAGGAGUUGAUUGGGAGGCCGUGAGGUAGAUGAUGGAGAUGAUGCAUAGAAUAUAGACAUGACAUGACACGACACGUAUCGAU